CAGUGCAGCACCACAAUGCCACCUACGUCUUUGUACUUUACACUUUCUCUCUACUUCCUGUCUAAAUUAGUGUCAGUUUUCCCCUACUCUUACCAGACCAAACCUCUCUUUCUGUCCUUCUCUGACUUGGCCACCCUCGAAGCAAACUCCCUGCAUCAGCCCAACAAACCUCACUUUGUCGCAGAUCACAGGCUCAAGACCUUUGCGGUGAAAUGUCACGAGGACAGCAUGGAGGUUGUGGUGAAAGCUUAUCUGUUUGACCCCGGCCGGCCUGUGGAGCCCACGCACUUGAGGCUUGGACCCGUCAGAGCUGCGGGAGAUCACUGCACGGCCAAAGAGUCUGGAAACGGGGAGCUCGUCAUCAGAGCAGCUCUGACCGAGUGUGGGAGCAGAGUGAUGUUCACCAGGAGCUCUGUGCUGUACAACAACUUCCUGCUGUACUCUCCUCCUCCUCCUCCUCCUCCGUCACCUGGAGACGUGAUGCAAGCAGUGGCAGCUGCUGUUCCAGUCCAGUGUGAAUAUGACAGGUGCAUUUACACACAAGAUGGACUCCUGAGCUUUAUAUGUGUUGCUGCUCCUGUGUUACAGUUUGUCUUCUUGCUCUGCUCCUCUGCAGCAGACGCGCCGGAGCUGGAUGUGUGGACACUUGCUGCUGCUGCUGCUGCUGCUGCUGCGCUUCUCUUAAUGAUCCGGAGGAGCAGGAGAAGUGAGGAGAAGGAGAAUCACUGGGAGGCACAUGGUCUGGCCGAUCCACAGCGGUGUCAGGAGCAGAGCAGCGUGUCCGAGGUAGUGCCACGGCCUCCUCGCAGGCCCCUCGGAGCUGUGUGGUCCCCGAGGGGAGCCUCAUAUUUCGGUGGUUGGCUAAUUGAGCGGGAUGACGAGGCCGGAGAGGCUCUCAGCCCCGUCCUCUCCUACGGGUUUGGUUUAUGCAGCCCUGCUGACUUUGCUGUCAGUGUCAAACGCUUGUUAGGGCAUCAUCAAUCUCGCAGCAGUUAA